GUGCUUGAACUUUUCCCUGGCGAAAAACGCGUUCUAUCGUUCCCUAGAGCGUCUGGGACAACUAUCAGACAAGGAACAAUAUGUGACGCGUUGACGGCCAGACUCGUGAAAAAAUGUCGAUAAAGUGCGCGGAAUGUGUUCCUCCCGAUAAGCUACCCAAUCCGACCUGCGGCCCUUUUUCCUUUCAAGACAAAGAUACGUUCAAGUGCCUAGAGCGAACCGCAAGGAGACUCAUUUAUGAUAUAGGUGCCGCGCAGAAUAUGUUUUUCACUUAUGUUCGCCCUACUGCCCAAAGAACGCGCAUGUACAAGAGAAGCUGUAAAGCUGCUCGACUGCUAGCGAACUGCCAAGCCUGUCGAGCAUUCCUCACAAAAUCGGCUGGAGAAAUCUUGGUUCUUAGGAUGCAAGUUGUUAUCAACGGGACCUGGGAGUAUGUAUUAAAGAAGAAAAGAGAGGCAAAAGAAGAGGAACACCAAUCCCUAAUUCCGGAAGAAAACGGCAGCCACCUCCAAAACAGGUUGACAGCGACUGGCGACCUUACAUAUGAACAACAAAAUGGCCCACGAGAGAAUCCGGAGGCACACCGAGAAGAAACUCAAAUACCAUGUUUACGCAACGGUACAAGUGGGCAAAUAAUCACAAGCAUGGCAUCUGCCUCCGGAGGAGAAAAGAAAUUAGACAACUGGAAGAGAUGUAGACUAGAACGGGAAUUGCUUCGCAACCUCUUGAAGCUUCACACUCUUGACCCCGCCCCUCCGCCCUGCUGCCGCAAUAGGCAGCAAAGCGACGGCAAGACAAAAAUUGAUCUUUCGACUAGUAGAAAAGGGGAAAACGACCUGCUUCUCCUCUAUCUAGGCGACCAGGCUAUUGCAGGCUAUUUGGAAGCAGUCCGAGAUCGAGCGACAAAAGAACUCGAUCUGGUCACAAACGAAGUGGCGUUCAGUUGCAUGAAUGGGAAGGGAGGCGAGGAACUUUUUGAAUGGAACAGCGCCGAGAGCCGAAGCAGAGAGACAGCGUUCCUGCAGCGCGGAGACGACUCUAAAAAGGCAGAGGAAGGAAACGGCGGAGACCGUCGAGGGGAAAACGAGGGCCAAGAAAAAGAAGGGAUGUCAGGGACGGAGGGGGGAGGCAGAGUGAGGCAGCCCAGAUCUCUUGUUGAUCCUUGGUAUGAGCGAGUUCUGGUGGAGAUUCUUGAUCACCUGAACCUGGCGGAUUUCAUUUGCACCUUAUGGUCCGAGAGCUGUGUCGCUUUGAGGGAACGCUUGACCGACAGAAAGCGAAAGAGUCAGUCCAAGGACAUCGUUGAGUGCCUGGAUCAAAAUUGCCCGUGGUUCUCUGGAGAGUUUGCCCGGUCUCGACGGCUUCAUCGAGAACGCGUGGGAGUGUUGCAGUCGUUGAGGCAAGCGUUGUGACUUUGUCAUAUCCCAAAAGCGCUUACCGUCAUUUCCGCCCCAUACCCUCCCUCCGUUUUUUUCUGUUUCUCAGCAGUCUACGCUAGUCUAUGCUACUUUGCUUUGAAGCCGCGGCGACUUUAUUUUAAAGCCGCGACGUCAUCAUGAAUUUGUCGACUGCGUGGUCUGCACACCUGCCACACAAAAGUUGUAAAGCGUACCCAUGCCUCCGCAAGUCGAGUAAGCCUGCAAUUUAUGCCACUACCGGACUGGUUCUAUGCUUACACUCAACAAGCAAUGUUACUGACUACAGCUUCCAAGCGAACACGGACGCACUGCAGUCGUUUUUCUCGUUUCUCUGAAAUACGCGAACUGACGUAGGGCACACAAUCACGAUUUACUGGCG